CCGUCGCGCGCCUCGUGCAAGCGGCGAUGGUCCGGCGCAUCGCCAUCGCCAUGGUCCACGAGCAGGAGCCAAGCCACGGCGGCGUUCCUUUCCGCAACUUUUUUCAGCAGACGCCGCAGGUGCUGCAGCAGCCGCCGUACAAGCUCUACGACAAGGUGGCUUUGCCGCUCUACCCGGCUCCGGCGCACCGCAAGGUGAGCUUGCGCCUCAUACUAACAAGCAUGGGAGCCGUGCCGUGCGAUGCGGGUCCGCUCAGGCGGCGGUGGCAGCUGCUCCGCCGCCACAUAGCGGUGGCGCGCCUCGUGUGGCGGCGCCCCGCCUCACGGGACUCUCUCGCCGAAGCAAGUCUCAGCCAGGAGCCCCAGCAAAUGGUCCAGCCGUAGCGGUGCAAUAAUACGACGCGGGGCCGCUCCAGCGGCGGCGCCCGGCGGGAGCUCCUCCGCCGCCGCAUAGCGGUGGCGCGCCCAUCGUGCGGCGGCGCCCCGCCGAGCCGCGCGCAGGAGCGCUUUAGUGCAGCCGUAGGACGUGUGGUGAGAGCUUGCGCGCCCGAGCGUGCGCUCGCCGCGGGGUGGAGAGGGGACAACUAAUAGUGAGCUUAGCACUCUCUUACAGUCUCUAUAAGUCUUACGCUUUACGCAUAUUACAGCUCAGUGAGAAAGUCGUUGUAUUACCGUGACGUGAUCGCACCUCAACAUUUCCGUACCUGACAUAAACAAACAAGAAGGGCCAAGGCCGUUCUCAGUCAAGCUCGACCAACUGUGCCUUGACUGAGUCCUUGGCCGUCCGUGGGCGGCGCCCCUCUCCGCCGGCGGCAGCGGCGGCGCCUCGCCUCGGGGGCGGUCCGGGCCGCUGGUGCCCUCUGCCGCUCCUGCUCAUGCCGCCCUCCUCUGCAUCCUCCCCCCUCUCCUCCGCCUCCUCGUUGCCGGUGCCGCUCUCCCGCGCUCUCUCUCCCACCCUCGCCGCGCCGCCCCUGCCGCGCCGCCCUUUCCGCAGCCGGUGCGGCGUCGAGGGCGGUUGCAGCUGCUCCGCCUCGAGCGCCGCGUCGACCUCCUCGCUCGCGUUCGGCGCGCCGAGCCGGCGCGGAGCCCCUCUCCGCUCGCCACCCGUGAGCCGGCGAGCAGCGGCGCACCAGAGCGCGAACCACAACGGGAGGGAGAUGAUCGCCGCAGCUUCGGCCGGCGAUGGGCCGGCGCUCUCGUCCGCAGCGCCGCCCGCGUGCCCCCCGCCAGCACCGGCAGCCUGCGCCCGCGGCGCCU